AUGGCGCGUGGCCGUAAGAAGAAUGGACCCAAAGACAAAACGUUUAUGGCAGCCUGGGAAGCACGACGUCGUGUGUUCCUCCCACUUCAGAGACACAGAUUACAAGAUCACACUAUUAGGACCUCAUAUCACAGAAUUUUGGUGACAAUGGGCUGGUUCCAAAGUCAACAAAACAGAGCAUAUGAAAAGGAUAGGUGGUUUUGUGAACGUCCAAGACUGAAGAAGGGAGCAGUGCCUUCCAUUUUCCCUUUUGCCCUUUCAUUAACAAAUGAUGAGAGUCCAAGGUGUCAGAGGAAAAGGAAACGAGAAGAAGCUUCAAAUGAGCAACACGAUUGUACGGAGGUUCUGAAUACAAUAGAAGUGGUCGAUACCCCUGAGAUUCAAACCUCUAUUACAACUGAGGCAAUGGAUGAAGGUAUACCUGUGCAGGUGAAUCAGGGAGUACAGUGUGAGCUGAAAACGUUUGGUAAAUUUUCUGUUCUAAACUUUGAAAAUGAUCCCAAAAUGAUCAAAUAUUACACUGGUUUUUGCGAUUUUAUGCAGUUCAUGUUUUUUUUCAAUUGUCUUGGACCUUGUGUUUUUGAGCUUUUUCGACACACCACUCUUAUGGAUCCUAAAGAUCAGCUUUUUAUGGUUCUGAUGAAGCUCCGACAGGCCAAAGAAGAUAUUGAGUUAGCUCUUUUUUUCGGCAUUUCUGAGUCCUCCAUAUCUCGUAUCUUCAACACAUGGUUAAAUUUUAUAUAUUUUCAACUUAAAGAAUUAAGCUUAUGGCCAUCAAGAGAUGUGAUUCAACAGUUCAUGCCUUUUGAUUUUGGAAAGAAAUUUCCUAACACGCGAGUCAUUCUUGAUGCUACAGAACUUCCGAUUAACAAGCCAUCAAAUGUGAAUGCCCAGAGUAUAACAUGGUCUGCAUACAAACAUAAAAAUACAUUGAAAACCAUGAUAGGUUGUACUCCAAGAGGUGCGGUAAGUUUCAUAUCCAAAGCAUAUGGAGGAUCAGCAAGUGAUCGACAGAUAAUUGAAAAUUCUGACCUUCUGAAUCCAGACCUGAAAAUGUUUGAAAAGGGAGAUAGUAUUAUGGCUGAUCGUGGCAUAAUGGUGCAAGACCUGUUUGCUUCCCAAGACGUGUACGUUAACACCCCAACAAUGUUGAAAGGGAAGUCACAACUGGAUCCUGAGGAAGUUAUCCGUGAUAGACGAGUGGCAUCAAAGCGAAUUCACAUUGAGCGUGUUAUAGGGCUAAGCAAGGGCUUCAAAAUAUUGAGGCACCCUCUACCUCAAAGCAAAUUGCACCUUGGUUCUAGAAUUGUUUAUGUUUGCUUUGCAAUAUCCAAUUUCAGGAAAUCAAUUGUUGAUAAAAAUGCUUAA